GCAGAGAGCUCGGCGGCCGGCGGGGACGCGGGUGGCUGGCGAUGUCCGCGGCGGCCGCCUGGGGCCCAGCCCACGGGGGCGGGCGCAAGGCGGUGAACAGAGAGCCGCGCCCCUCGCCAGGCACAUGCUGUGUGCCCCGCGCCUGUCUGUCCCGGCGCUACCGCUGCCGCCACCGCCGCCUCCCAGCAAGCUACUGCACUGGACCCUCCGUGCCAUGUGGGGAGGCAGAAAAGAAAUCAAGUGGAUUCCACAUCAGGUGGUGAAAAGUGAUAAGAAGAAAAGUCAGUUUGAGAAAGGGCAGUGGGGAAGGUUGAGAAGAUGGCCUUUGCAGAAGGACCUGAAGGAGGUGCCCAAGGAGGACCAGCCUGCACUAUGAAUAUGAACCUAUGGCUCCUGACCUGCCUGGUGGCUGUCUUCGUGGGUGCCUGGGUCCCCACUGUCUGCUCACAAGGUGUCUUUGAGGACUGCUGUCUAGCCUACCACCAGCACACUGGGCGGGCCAUGCUCCGGCGUGCCCGGGGUUACCUGCUCCAGGAGGUGAGCGGGAGCUGCAAUCUGCCUGCCGUGAUAUUCGUCUUGCACCACACAGACAGGAUGGUGUGUGGGAACCCACGGGCCAGGUGGGUGCGGAAUGGGGUAAAACUCUUGGACGCUCGGAACAGAAAUCUCCAAAAGCUCCAAGGUGCCCAGAGAGCCUCCCAAGGCUCUCACUCUGGAGCUAGGAAGUUGAGCUCUGGGAUCUCUAGGCUAACGCUGGCCAACUUUAGUCGUCCUACGAGAAGCAACAGGAAAGCCUCCCUUCCAAUAGUCCAGCCGGGACCUUGAGUGCACGUCCAGGGUCAGCUAGCACAGGAAGGGCUGGACCUUUCUCCGCCACAGCCAUCGCCCCGCGGCCCCGGCUGCCCCGUCCGUGUGUCCGUCAGGCCGAAUGUCCAUCGUGGUGCCUGAACCCGAGCUGGCUCGCUCCCCAUCAUCUCAGGCAGCUGGAAGGAGGGAGCUGACCUUAUUUCAAGCCCUGUGCCUGCUUUGGGAACCAGAGUCAGCCUGCGCAGUGGGCCUUGUAGAUGGUCACCGGGACAUGUCACCCUCUGCAGCUCUUGCCACCCACCCAGGGCCAUGCCUGCCCAUGUCCCCCUGGCUCCUUGCAAAGCUCCCGUCUGUCCACACACAGCCUUCUCCACAAAUUUUAAAUAAACCUUGGGUGGGAGGUCCUCCUGUCUGUCACGUUUCACUAUGGGAUGCAAGGCGCUGCCCUGGUCUGCACUGACUCCCACGUGAUUGCCCCCUGCCCCACAGCAGACGGCUCCUGGGGGGGUGCCACACACCAGGUGAGUCCAGCCAGUGACCCUGAGCAAACCACGUUCUUAAGAGCAUCUGGAACCAGGCAGGAAUGGCGUGGCGGGUGGUAGCCGGGACUCUGGCAUGGCUGCCUGACUUUGAACCCAGCUCUCCUACCUGUAACCUGGAGUCACCUUGGCCAAACUGUUUAACCUCUUUCCGGUAGAGAACAACAGCCUCUACUCCAUGGGGCUGCAGUGAUAACGGGAUGGGUCAAUGAUUGUAAAAUGAUCAGCAGUGCCCCGUACAUAGCACACGGUGAGGAGACAAGCCACCGUCAUCACUACGGGCGAACCCAGGAAGGCUUGCAGGGGCUGCCACUCACACCCAUCUUUGUGCCAAAUACACAGGUGUGAAGCUGGCAGAGCCGACUGGCAUCCUGGGGCUGUGUCCCCUAUCCCACUGGAGGGUAGUCUUCACCCAUGUCUCACCUACACGCGUUCUCCU